UACGUGUGUGGUCCGAGGAACUAACCGCCUAUCUACAAUCAGUGCGACGACGAGAUGAUUACGGUACUAGUUCGAUGAUAUCACGUCGCAUAACGUGUCGUCUUCUUCAUACCGAUCGAGAAUGUUGGGAAGCAUGGUUGGAUUAUGAUGGGACUUGGCCCAUGGCCUUUUUUUUGCAUCGUGGUAAGCGUCUGUACUGCUAUGCUUCCUGCGUGCGGCUAUAAAUUCCGGUCCAACGAGGGAACACAGUUCCGAACGCCAUGGAAGUUUGCUGCAGGUCGUAACGAGCAGUCAUCCGCGAAAUUCCCAAGAGUGGCAUCUGGAUUAGAAUUGCCUUGUAGAGCUGUCGACGCCGUUUGAAGGACUAUUGCUUUAGGAUGGACAGCCUACGCCUGAGUCUUGUUCCCAUGUCUAUAUUC